UGGGCGCCGCUAUCUUUCAUAUCUGCUCGCACAAAACAAAAUGGAGACGGGGCUUACGAUGGUCAUCAAAAGUACCCCCUCCUCCUCGCCACCCUCUCCCUGGUGGGGUUGCUUUGAAGGCAUCAGGAAACGGUUAAACAGGUGUAGAAAAGAGAGGAGUGGGGGUGAAAUGAGGCGCAAACUUGGCUUAAAAAGGUUGUGAAAACAGGGAUGUUGGUGGUCGUCAUGAGUCAAUGAGGUGAGGAGGAGGGGAAUAGAGGGGAUUGGAGAAUCAUGAGAUAGACGGUGGCACUACUUGGAUCGAGGUCACAGAGGGCAGUCACCUCCGGACUUUCUCUUACUCGGGAGAAAAACGCCACUUUUGAGCGUACACCCCGGGGAACGGCCGCCACGCCAUGGUGACAAUCUGAAGAUGAUGGCGGCCAAACGUCUCGCGGGUGCCCAAAUGACGCUACUGUGGCUCCUCGUCCUGCUCCUGAUGAGUGGCGUUGCACCGGCGUCGGCACAGUUUAAUGGAUACAACUGCGACGCCAACCACCACAGCAGGUUUCCUGGCGAACGUGACAUCAGCGUGUACUGCGGUGUGCAGACCAUCACAGUGAAGAUCAACUUCUGCCCGGUCCUGUUCUCCGGCUACAUCGACACGGACCUGGCCCUCAACGGUCACCAUGGCGACGCCCAGUGCCGCGGCUUCAUCAACAACAACACCUUCCCCACGGUUGUGCUGUUCAGCAUCGGCCUCAGCACCCUGGAAGCGUGUGGGAACAGCCUGGAGGUCAGCACAGCCUUCGGGCCCAACGCCUAUGGGAAUAUGUCACUGGUACAAAUCGGGAACGUGUCCGGCUUUGUUGACACCCCUGACCCGCCGACUAUCAUCAGCUACCUUCCUGGUUUGUUGUACAAAUUCAGCUGCAGCUACCCACUUGAGUACCUGGUCAAUAACUCACAGCUGGCAUCCUCCUCAGCAGCGAUAUCCGUCAAGGACAGCAAUGGCACGUUUGUGAGCACACUGAGUCUUGUGCUGUACAAUGAUUCAACGUACAACCAAAUGCUUUCCAUCCCGAUGGCCGGACUGGCUUUGAAAACCCGAGUUUUUGCUGCAGUCAAGGCCACAAACCUGGACAAACGUUGGAACAUCUUGAUGGACUACUGUUACACAACCCCCUCAGGGAAUCCUAAUGAUGAAGUCCGCUACGACCUUUUCCUGGGCUGCUACAAAGACCCUCAGACCACCGUUUAUGAGAAUGGAAAGAGUCAGAUGGGACGCUUUUCCUUUGAGGUCUUCCGUUUUGUGAAACACCGACACCAGAAGAUGUCCACGGUCUUUCUGCAUUGCGUCACCAAGCUGUGCAAGAGCGAUGACUGCAUCAUGCUCAUGCCGAUUUGCGGGCGGCGUCGAAGGCGGGAGGAAGGGGCCGGCCUCGGCUCGCCUCCAGCCGCCAGUGGGAGUGCCACCAUUAGCGCUGGACCAAUCAUCACCAGGAGUGAUGAUACUGCCGUAAACAACACUCAACUUGGGCCGGGUGACUCCUCCCACCUGAUGAACCCAGUGACCGCCGCGCUCAUCUCAGGUGUGGUCAUCCUAGGCGGGAUGAGCAUUGGCUUCGUACUGCUGUCGCUGCGUCUCCUGCAGAGGUCACGCCUCCCCUCCUCUUCCUCAGCUGCUGCAGACUCAGGAGCUUGGAACCCUAAUUUUAAAUGA